UUACAGGCAUGAGCCACUGCACCCGGCCAAGAUUGUCCAGAAGUACUGUUUUGAAACAAAGAUGUCAGCCCUAAAGCAAAAUACUUCUGAAGGAUCUGUUCUGGGAGAAGGAACAAAAAAUGUCAUGAUGGAAAGAGACCUGCAGUGGGAGGGCAGAAACUCCACAGAAAAGAAGCUCUAUAAAUUUGAAGAAUGUGGGAAAGUCUUCAAAUAUAAUUCCUCUUUUGUAAGCCACCAGAGAAAUCAUAGUGUUGAGAAACAACAUAAAUGUAAAGAAUUUGGGAUAGCUUUUAUGAACAGUUCAUCCAUUUUAAAUCAUCAUAAAAUUUAUGUAGGUAAAUAACGUUAUAGAUGUACUGAAUGUGGGAAAUUUCUCAAGAAGCACUUGACAGUUAUUAAUCAUCAGAGGAUUCUUUCCAGAGAACCUCAUAAAUGCAGUGAAUGUGGAAAAGCUUUCAGGAAGAACUGUAUCCUUUUAAGUCAUCAGAGAAUUCAUACUGGUCAUAAACCCAAAUGUAACAACUGUGGGAAAGCUUUAUUCCAGAAUACAGACCUUACUUGUCCUGAAAGAAUACAUAGUGGAAAGAAGCCUUUAAAAUGUAAUGAAUGUGGGAAAGCUUUCAUGGAUAAGUCAACUGUAUUGGAACAUCAGAAAAUCCAUACUGGUGAGAACUAUCGAGGUAAUGAAUGUUGAAAAGCCUGUAGAAAGAGUUUAACUUUUAUAAGUCAUCAAAGAAUGCCUACAGAGGAGAGACCCUACGACUGUGGUAAAUUUGGUAAAUCUUUCAGGUAUCGCUCAUCCUUUACUGAACAUCAGAAAACUCAUGGUAGAAACAAACCCUUUCAGUGCAAUGACUGUGGAAUUCAUACUGGAGAAAAACCCUAUCACUGUACGAAGUGUGGGAAAGCCUUCUGGCACAGCUCAGGCCUUGUUGAACAUCAGAGACUCCAUACUGGAGAAAAACCUUAUAAACGUAAUGAAUAUGGGGAAGCUUUCCCCUAAAGUUUAGCACUUAAACAGCAUAAGAAGAUUCAUAACAAAGAAAGCCAUCAAAUAUAUUUAGUGUUGUAAAUCAUGAAGAACUAGUUUAUUCCUUCUGACCAUCAUAGAUGAAACAUUCAAUAAAGUACACAUUUAACAAAAAUAUUCUGUGUAUCUCUAUCUGAUAGAACUUAUCACUUGUGAUGAUAUUCAUUGUGAGGUUUGUACUAGUGAAAUAUUUGAAGAAACUAUCUAUUGAUGUGGAAAUAGUCAUUAUAGAAUAUUGUGUGCUACUUGAAAGGAAUGAGUUAGAGCUCUAAAUAGUGUACAAAGCUGGGAGUGGUGGCAUGCUCCUGAAGUUCCAGCUACUAAGGAGGCUGAGGCAGGAGGAUCCAGGAGGCCA